GGAGUAAUUCAGAAAUCACAGGAUGGGCUUUCUGCGGCUCAAAGUGAAGGGCAACCAGUCUGGAAAAAAGCCUGUGUUCCUGGGGGUGAAGGGCCCUUAUUUACCACACUGUAAUACCUUCUGUUUCUGUAGGAACAUCUAAAGAUAAACAGAAUAGUUCAUCAUGCCAGGUAAACAGCUCUUACAUGCCAUGGCUACGGUCUCUAAGGAGCUUCUGUUUAUUAUGAACCGUCUCUGCCUCAGCUUUAGCUGUGAAUCCGGCAGGGAGAGGCUCACAAUGAAAGCGAAGAGCUUGCAUGAAGUUACCAGAGGGAUACUUACUACUUCUGGGAUUAUAAGCAUUUUUUCUGGAAUUUUUGCUUUUUUCUCUGUUUUUUCUUAUAAGCCCCGGUUCUUCGGAUGCAGUGUUUGCCUCGCCAGUCCCAUUUGGAAAGAGCUUUGGGAGGCAGAACAAAAACAUUAUCAAAGGAAAGAUAAAGCAACUCACCCCAAGCUGCGUUGGCUGAAGGUUACAGAGCGGGCAAAUGCCCGAGGCUUUCCGGGAAUCGGGAAGGGCGACGUGCAAGGUCAGCGAGGGUCAGUAAGGCAGAUCUGCAUGGACAAAGUACGGUGCCCCGAGGUAGCUCAGGAGCACGAGAACAGCAAACGCAGGAGACACGCAGAACAGUUUUCGUUGGCCUUCUGGCAACAAACAGUAACCAUCGUCUGUGGCCCUGCUGUGCACAAAAAGGAUGCGAAGUUAUGCCUGAGUCCACAAAAGUGGGAGGCUAGUUUCGCCUUCGGCAUACUGAGCAUCACGGGCGCCUCAGUGCAAUUUGCUGCUGCCAUUGCAUCUCUUCUCCUUGGCCCAUACUGCUACUGCUCACUUGCUGGGAUUGCUGGGACCAAGUACCUGGGUUACGCAGUCCUGUUCCCCUUUCCCUACGUUGACUUCCCAAACCUCUGCAAAGACCCAUCGCGUUAUGAGUGGUCCCACCUCACCCUGCAAAUACUGGACCUGUUUUUGAAUUUGGCCAUAUUCUGUGCGUCUUUGGGUUUUGUGAUGGCUUUUGUGAGAUUGCUUCAGUUUGGACAUUUAAACGUGAGCAUCGGUCACGGCGGGGAAGGUGGAUUGCUAACCGUAAUGCCCUUAACGGCAGCCAGGAGGGUGGCACGGCUGUGCAAGGUCAGGCAGAUCCGGAAUGCACUCCCAUCAGGAUCAGUAGUGCCCCUGAAGCCACGUGCAUCAUUCCAUUAAAUCACUUUAUGAACCAGUAGUUUGGCCCUUCAUACCCAUUACUGUUUCAACUGAAGGGACACGGCUUUAGCAUAUAUCGCCUGGGCCUCUGAAUUUAAAGGCUGGGCAAAAUUUUAUGGAAGUUAUACAGCUUGCUUUUGACAUUACGGAAAGCAGAACCUGAAGAUUUGCCUUUCUGCUCUUCCUCACGACUGUGAACGCUGCACUGCCAUCAACGCACGGAGCCGUUAAAACCCACGCAGACAUAGAUCUGUUACCUGAACAGCAGAAGAGGUGUGAAAAAAUUACCACCAUCCAGCACUUAUCAUCUCUGCUCCAGGUAGAGCCUUAGGCAGCAGCACCUCGAUGGUGUGGGAGGAUGAGAGGCGAGGGCAGGAGGAGGAACACGCUUUUGGGUGACCCAGAGCAGAGCCAGAGCCCAAGGCACCACGCUCCCGACCGGCUCCCACAUGAGGCACAGCAUCGAUUUCCAGCCCUGACAUACCUCCAGCCCACACGCCUCGGAGGACUCGCUGCUGGUUCAGACAGUUGCAAAAUUUUGCCGUGCUGAGGAAAAUCUCACCUUCUGUGCAUCCGAUCCCUUGGGGAUUUUUUCUUCCCUUUAACCUUUGUUUGGAGCUAGGCUUGAAUCCCCCAAAAUAACAGUGUUGCCACGACAACAGCCCAGCAGUGGACUCCCCUGGGGCAUCUGAAGAAUCAAAACGUGGCCAGUGCUUCCUCCUGCUCCAGCAUCACACCCCAUGGUACCACAGCCCCGUCCUAUCCCCUCUCCCUCCUCUCACGCUGAAGUAGACUGCAAACUACUUUGGGCAGAGCUCUGUCUGCUUUGGCAUGACCGGCAUUUACUGAAUGAUAAGUCACACCACACGAGUGAUGUACGAGCAGGUAUCAGACCACGGUACCAGCUUAUGGGGAGGGAGAGAGCCAAAAGGCUCUGCAGUCUAAAGGACUGGACAGCUGUUGGAUUUCGUAAUCCCCUAAGCUUUAUUAACAAAGAUUCGUAAUUUUCAUGCCCUCCCUGGUAUUUUACAGGGCAUAUGAAAUGAUCCUUUGUUAUUCACAGUCACGGCUUUGCUGCCAAUACACAGCAUUUCUCCUGCCCCGCAACUGCUCAACCCUCCGGUCCCUGCCCAGCAAAGCACACGAAGGGCCUCGCCGAGACAAAAAGCAUCCCCAGAUGCAUCCUCUCCUCGAGCAGGGCAGGAUACCAGCCCUUUGCAGAAUCAGGCCCUGCUUGCCCAAGCAUUUUCUCCCGCAGGCAGCACAGCCGGUACCUUGCCCAGAGACCGGCUCCAGCCGAGUGCCCAAUUGAUCCACCACUCUUGAGGCUGUUCCAAAACCCCAUCCCUUCCCUGCAGCGCUUCUGUCUGCCUUCAGACCGAGAUUUAUGAGGGUUAUCCACGGAUGCGGUUGCAAGAAAAGUCCAAAAGCUUUUGUCGCGAUGCCACAAGCGGCACAAAACCAGCAAAAUGCUCUUUGCGUACCUGGUCCUCACUGAAGGGAUACGAGCAGGACACCCAAACACAGACAGCAAGCUCUGAAGCGGGACCUGAGGAGGCAGCGUGGAUGCGUGCCAACCUGACAAUGGGGUUUCAUUUAACAAGCACAGAUUUAAGUGUAGAAAUCAAAUAUGAAACAGUUGUAGCCAGCAUUGUCUGCAUUCUUGGAGUGGCACUAAACUAGCAGAAAGAAAAGAACCGAGACACUGGCCCAGACAUGCUCCAGCUGUCUGCGACUACCUCUUCCCUCCUCCACUGAAUGUAACUAUUCAGCUUGUUUUCAUUUCAUUAUUGGAUGUUAUUUUUGCAACCUGGGAAAAGAAUAGAAAAGGGGGAAAAAAAGUCCUUAAAAUGCUUUGGGGUUUAUUUUUCAGAACUAGACCAUUUCUUUCCUUUUCAUCGGAGAUGAAGUACAGACUUUGAAAAGUGCACAGGGCCUAUGGUAUAAUUAGCUAAGCAUUUGUUUCUCAAAUAAGGUCCUUUAUCUCAGAGGCAGCAGCAUUUGCGUUGCUGUGGUUAUUCACGUAAGUCGUACUCAUGUAGGACUGAGCAACAUGCAAUUAAAUAGCCAUAUAAAACACCCACAGGGUGAGCAACAGCUGCCUACAGGUAACCUUAAAUUUCAUGCACUCACUUGCCAAAUGUUUCAGCUCUAGCCAUAUAAAUCCUCAUUUGCAUGUGGGAGCAGGGCAGGCCCUUUCCUCCAACACCAUGGGUAGGUAAACAGGAGGCACUCCUUCACCAGGCAUAGCGCAAAUUAAGCUUUUAAUGAGUUGGUUAAAAGCCCGAUGCUACAGAUAGGUAUUAACGGGAGUGCUUCUCAACCCACUGCAGGGUCAGCCCUUCCCCAGCUUCCCUUCCCUCCUCUGCCUUCCUCUCAAGAGCACAGCUUAUCCAUUUUUAAUGUUAAAAAGAAUUUGCAUCCACAAUCUGAUAAUAAUUUAUUUUCCCUCUCUUUACGCCAAUUUUGCUUGACAGGGAAAUGCCAGCAUGCACCGCCCGUCCCCCCCAGCUGGGGACACUCCACCCUAUGAAAAAGUCCAACACUUGCCAAACAAAGGGCAAGGAUUAUAUAGUUUCCCGCUGAGCGUAGUGGGAAUUCUCAAUUUGUGCUGGACUUCUCUGGAAAAAUCUUCCCUCCAUUUUGAUGCUAAUACACUUCAGCACAGCAGCAAAUUUUCAAUGGUGCUUCAAGGGAAAAGCAGGAUUCAGAGUGUUUCUUACCAUUUUAUUUAUCUUCCUCUUCGGGACAAAGUCAUAUAUGCUAAGCCAGGAGCUCUCUUCAGAUCAGCUCUUGCACACUCCUGCAGUAUUCCUGGCAGAAGGUGGCCAGAUAUGCUUUAACGUGAGUUGUUGUCUCUCCAAAUGCUGUUUUGUAACAGCCAAAGCAGGUCUGGAAUACUAAAUUUUGGUAUUUUAAUCUCCAACUAAGAUUUUUGAAGUACACAUGCAAUAACUGUUCACUACAUGCAGAUCACUGCUUCUUAAUGUAUGGCAUCGCUCUAAGGAUUUGCAUGGAGACGCUUUAACCUUAUUUUUACCUUAUUCCAGCCAGUUCAGCAAGGGAGAGCCCUUCCUACCUCCUACUCCAGCAUGGUCCUCCACUGGGCUGGCUGGAUCCCAGCAUGGCACUUACCAGCAAUACUGGAGACAUCAAGCAUGGCAAUCUGCUCCCCAAGGCACCGACCCGACCCUGCCAGGCAAUCUGGGGGCCCAAAUACUUUUUAAAGCAGAUUGGAAGAUGGGAAAGAAAUUUUGGAGUGUUUCUUGAAAUUAUGUUCUUUCCAUUUUACGGCAUUCAAAUCAGAUCAUUUCCUUUUUCAUCCUGACUUUUUAACCUUUUAGUAGUUUUUAAUUUUUUGUUUAAUGAAAAUUAAUUCUCAUACUAGAAUCUAAUUUCUAUUCAUUAAGGAUAAAAGAUGAUGAUUUCAAGCAAUGAGUUUCUCCAAAUCCAGAAACCCUAAACAUAUGCUCAACACCAAGCCUAUGAGCAGCUCCAUUUACCUUAACAUGCGUGCUUAUCUCUAAGCGUGUGCUUAAGUGGUUUGCGGGCAAAAGCUAGAGUGCUUACCCCUUUCCAGGUGACCCUAUUUAAUAGUUAUUGGUAUGAAUCUGCUCAAUAACUAUAAACACCAGAAAAAAACCCAUUGAAUUAACUCUACACAGAGCUUUUCCAAAUAUGGUUUCUACAUUAUCCAAGAGGUCAAACUGUUCCGUGCUGAAGGGCUGACCCCAAAGCCACAGGAAUCAGUGGAAGGGUGUCGACCAAUUACACCGGUUUGGGGAUGGGAUCCCCUGUGAGCAGAAACACCUUUCUGUUUUUGGCACUGUGACUAAUAGGGAUAACAAAGGCUCUACACUGUCAUUAAGAAAAUUUGUUUUACGUCCUGACAUCCCGUUAACCUCCAGCGCAUUUAAAGGAAGCUGUUAAUUUAAUGGUUGCGUCAGAAAGAUACGGCAGAACGUGAAUUGCUGAGCAUCGAAGGAAAUCUUCAAGCCUAAUGUCAGCAUUAACACCUGCACAGGACGGCACUGACUGCAGGGACCUCUGUACAGAGCAUAAAUUUAAAGAAUCUGCCCCUGACAAGGAGAAAAUUUUCAAGUCAAAGUGGUAGUAGCUGCUACAGGCCCUAGAUACAGGCUUUGGUAUCUGCCUCUACCAUGUCCUCCAGCAGCAAAGCUUCUCAAGAUCCUACAUGUCCUUGCAGUUGGAUUUGAUGCAAAAAAUGGAUGGAUUAAUCCUGUCCCACCACUUGGAAGUAAGAGGCUGCACACAGGGUCUUAUCUCACCCUGUUAUAAAGGGUUCUUAGCAGCUCUCAACAACCAGAAAAGUUUAUUUUGCUAUUAAGCCCGAGCAGUGCCUGGAUUUCACUGCAAUUAAAUUUGACCAUAAGUGGUAUCCAUUUUACUGGGUAUCAAACUUAUAUCGUGCAUAUAUGCAAAGGUAAAAGUGGAAGGUAAUGGUAAGAUACUUACCUAAAAUGAGGUGCUUGACCUAAAAAUAUAGAAAGAUAUAAAGGCCCUGACUCAAUAAAAUACUUUGGCACAUCAUACCUAGCAGCAGACACGCAGACGAUGCUGUUGAACUCAGCCUGACAUAAAUGCUGCAACUAGUAUUAUGAUAAUCGGGAUUCAUUACAAGUUGGAUGGGAUCUGCAAUACAACUGCACUGUAAAACUGUGGUUUUAAUCUUUGAAUGCCCGUACAUCACUUGAAGCGAUAAAGCUGUAGUCUUUCCAUUGCCUGCUCAGACACUGACUUGUAUUUAUACGCCAGAAAACACCUUAAUUUACAAAAGCAAAGUAGAAAGAUUAUCUGGUUUGUUACAUUACUUUCAAGAAGAAAACCUUUAUCUUUGUGUGUCAGGCUGGCACUCACGCUCAAGUUGAGUCCCAGCUCGCUGACCCACAUUUGAUGCUUCUACAGAUUUGAGCACUAAGCUUCCAGGCAUGAGAUCGUGGACUUGUGUCCUUGACCCCUGCAACUCAUAGCAUUCCUCCAAACGUCUUCCCUGAUUGUGGGUCGCUCCUGACUUUGCCUCAUUUUCUGUUAAACAGCCCACCACCUCCGUUCAUCCAGUGUCCCCAUCUGUCUCCCGCACAACCAUCACCGCCCUUUCCCCGACUCUACUCCCCACUCUUCAACCUGUGGCUCAGGGUCAGCAUCAUCCUUCAACCGUUUAUCCUGCUGCUUACAUUUUUCAUCCACUAGCUCCUGACGAGAAAUGGAAAGUUCCUUGCAGCUUCAGCCAGCCUAACCUCCUAAGGUCUUUUUGCCCGGAGAGACAAUAACUAUGGUUCAAGCCAAGAUACUAUCUCUUCCAGACGAGGGAAGUCUGGCAACCCCGAUAGCUAAUAACCUACGUAAGCCUGUUUGUUACAAUUUCACUUUCCAUAAUUCAACUACAGCUUCUAAACUGUGUGGAAAUGCUAUAUGGUAUUUAUGGAAACAUUAACGUUACUUAGAUUUUGGAAACAGUAACGCUGUUUUCAGUGGUCUUGGUUAACCAGAGUCUUGAACUGUCAUAUUCACUUGAUAAAGCUUAGAGAUGCUUAGGGACAUUUCUACCAAAAUAGAAAAGAAGAAUUCGUGAGGCAUUUCAGAAAACAAAAUCGCUGCUGAGCAUGGGUUCCUCCUCUCAUCUGACUGCAGUCAGUGCAGGUGUCCAUCUGCACACAGAGCAGACGGCAGAAUUAAAGCCGCAACCUAUAAUCAUUAGUCAGGCAAAAUUACAGUGGGUGAUGGUCUGCUCAACUGAACUGAGUGCUUUAUGGCAGGUAAUCAGCACACUCCUGCCCGAUAACCUUUUUAAUCUCUUGGGUUUCUAGUCAGCAGUUCUGCUCGUGUGGGCAGCAAGCAUACAAAAGCUAUUUUCUCUGCAAGUGUUAUAAUUUUUAUUUCAGUUCAGCACACUUCCUUAUCAAACUGUCAUUGCCCACAAAUGAGUUUUCUAAGUAAUUAAUACUGCAGGGGUUCUAAUGAAGAUGUCAUGUAAGAUUCUGCUUCAGCAGCUCCAGGUGACAUGACUAGUCUGCCACUCUUUUCCAGCUCUUCAAAAAUACAAUGCCUCCUUAGCAGGACAAAUCAGGAUCUAAAUAGUGCUACAGCGCUGAGACACAGGUUAUUUUGCUUGUUUAAAAAAAAAUAACUUUAGCACCAGAUGGGUCAUUCUAGGUAAUAAAAUAAAAACCUCUGUUUAUCAAGUCAGGAGGAAAUCAUCAGCAGCAGCACCCCAGCUUUCCACAGGCUGCCCUCGUGUCUCUGGGUGGCGUUGGCUUUAGAUGGUUUUUCAUGGAGACCUUGCCACCGUUGUCACCCGUGCAGCCCCACUGCUGGUAGCAGCAGGGAACGCAAAAAUGAAGUGCUGUCAACGCUUGCUCUGACCAGAGCAAAGGAGAUCGAGCAGCCUACUCAAAUACCCCAGCUACUGUAUGUAAAUGGUAGAGCAGGACGGGGGAUAACGGUGAGAAGGUUUGGGAAGGGAUGGACUGGAUCCAACUGCCAUGACGCAUGUUCAGUGCAGAAGACUGACCUGAGACCACCGGCUCCUCGCACAGAUGGAGGGGUUUAGUUCUGAUAAUACAUCACAUAAAUAAGCAAAGCCAAAUAAUCCUUAUACAGGAAAAACACUAAGGAAGCUGUGGUUACCAAAUAUGCAGUGCUUACAGAUUUUCCUGAAGGCUUGGAAACGUGGGCUCAACAAACUAGCAGUUAAGGGACAUAUUUUCAAGCAUGUGAAGUGCAAUUGUGUUUCUUGGUGCACAGGGAGGUUAUACGAGUUCACAUUCCCCAACGCCGGCUCAGAGCACGCCUGGUUCUGCUGGGGGAGGACGUGCGGGCGUUCCACCGCCACACCACGCCGCCCGCCGGGCUGCGGCGCUUGCUUCUGAGCAAAUCCUGACAUUUCCAGCCCAGUUCGAGCCUUUGUGUUUGACUCGCCUCAGAAAACAUGGGACAUUAAUCCUAGCAUGCAGGUACUAAUAACAGAGAAGAAAACAUCAUUGAAGUCCCCGACAACCUUUUCCUCCUCAGGACACCUGAUUUAUUAUUGACAAAGUGCUUCCUGCUUUGUGUUAACGUCCCACUUGACUGCAAAUGCCCGUCAGGAGUAAGGAGCAGUUCAUCUCCUCAUCUUUUACCUUCAGGGCGGUUUACAUUAAAGUCAAACCACAUGAAAGGAGACAGUGUUUGCCUGAUUUUACAGCUCUACAAAAAUUGCCUUUUUAUCAUAUUGGGUGGAAAUUUUUGUAACUGGCUCUGAUAAUCAAUUGGAAACUAAUCCAAGGACAAAUAAGUGAGCAUGCCACAAACCGUAUAUGGAAGAAAGACUACAGAAGAAAUUCAAGAAAGAAAUUUUGCUGGCAAAGAUCAAAAAAAAGUAAAGGCAUUAGUUAAUAGCCUUAUUUUCUUAAAACAAGAAACCUUUCCUUUGAAGGCAACAGCUGAUGAAUAAGAAUCUGAUGAAGCUGAUUCUUGUAAAGUUCCUUUGAAACAAGGUACCUGUACACCCUCAGAAAGAAAAGAAUUUCAAAACACUGGCUUUAUUACACAUGUUUUCUGAUCACUCCUGUAGUUACAGUAACAUCUCUAUUGCGUGAAUAGCCUUCAAGGAGAAAAACAUG